AUGGUUGUGAGCUGGAAACUUCGAAUAUUCGAGAUUGAACGAAGGUACAGUUUAUACCCACUGUGUCAUGGCUACAGAGUUUGUGCCCGCUCUUUCGGCUACCACAUUCCUGUCUUUGGACAACGGGGAGUACGGGACCCGAGAAACCGAUUGAGAUACAUAUGCAUAGACAUGCAGUCCGUCUUGGCCUUGGAUGAAGAAUUUGAAGGCUGCGCUGAAUUGAAGAUUGGCCUUUCCUCGACAUCCGUUCUGCAACUCAGGAUGACAGCCACGGACCUGCCUCCGGAAGCUUCAUCUUCCCAGAGGGAAAAAACUCACAUCUCCCACCAACCCCUCGCAUGGAGAAACUGGCACAGAAAGAUCAAUUGGCUCAACACAAUCCUCGUUGUUCUAAUUCCCCUCUUUGGUCUCUACCUCGCUCGCACUACUCCUCUCACCCCUUCUACUCUUCUAUGGUCCAUCACAUACUACGCCAUGACCGCUUUUGGCAUAACAGGCGGGUACCAUAGACUUUGGAGCCACCGCUGUUACUCUGCCCGUCUGCCAUUACGCUUGUUCCUCGCAUUCACGGGCGCAGGCGCAAUUCAGGGCAGCAUACGAUGGUGGAGUGCAAACCACCGCGCCCACCAUCGCUGGACCGAUACAAUGAAAGAUCCGUAUUCCGUGAUGCGUGGUCUCCUCUUCUCACAUAUCGGAUGGAUGGUACUAAACAAUGAUCCAAAAGUCAAAGGACGCACUGAUGUGUCGGAUUUGGAUGGCGACCCUGUUGUUGUGUUCCAGCAUAAGCACUACGGCAAGUGUCUACUUUUUGCUGCCUGGAUCUUUCCCUGUCUCGUUGCGGGACUCGGCUGGGGUGAUUGGUGGGGAGGUCUUGUGUAUGCCGGAGUGCUCAGAGCCUGUUUGGUACAACAAGCAACGUUUUGUGUGAAUAGUCUUGCGCAUUGGAUUGGGGAGCAGCCGUUUGAUGAUCGGAGGUCGCCGCGAGAUCAUGUUUUGACAGCGCUGGUGACAAUGGGCGAGGGCUAUCAUAAUUUUCACCACGAGUUCCCCAGUGAUUAUCGCAACGCGAUCAUCUGGUACCAGUACGAUCCUACCAAAUGGCUCAUCUAUGCUAUGUCACGGCUUCCCUUCUUCCCAUUGAGCUACAACCUCAAGACCUUCCGCUCCAAUGAGAUUGAAAAAGGUCGUCUGCAGCAACAGCAGAAAGCGCUAGAUUGCAAACGGUCAAAGCUCGAUUGGGGAGUACCCAUCUCACAACUGCCGGUCUUGUCCUGGGAUGACUUCAAAGCACAGAGUUCCGCCCAUGGGGCAGCCCUCGUUGCCAUCGCGGGUGUGAUUCACGAUGUUUCGGGAUUUAUAGCAGAACACCCAGGCGGGCAGGCACUGAUUAGGAGCGCAAUUGGAAAGGAUGCGACGGCGCUGUUCAAUGGAGGUGUUUACAAUCAUACCAACUCUGCCCAUAAUCUGCUGUCGACGAUGAGAGUAGGAGUGUUGCGUGGUGGCCAAGAGGUGGAAAUUUGGAAGAUGGGUGCAACUGCAAAUGAGCAUUUGUUGAAGAGCGAGAAAAGCUUUGUUUUGCCCAUGGGUGAGCACGCUACUAGAGUUGCUCCGCCUGCUGUUGCUGCUACUGCUGCCUGA